AUGGAAGUGAAACUUAAUGAUCACAAAUUGGUUACCAGCUCGUUUCUUGUUCAACCAAUAAGCAGUCAUCCAAAUUGCAAUGAAGAGAAACUUUUUAAUCAAAAUUCAUGGAGAGUUUAUAGAAUUAAAACUUUCACUUUGAAAUCCAUAAAAAUUAUUCUGGAUUUUCAUAUUUCUAACAACUUUAAUAAGUUGGUGGACUUUGAUGUUAAAAAACAUAAACUAUGA